CAUAGAUCACAUCCGGGGCUGGUUUAUUCUAAUAACGAAACGUCCAACCCGGAAAAAAGGACAAGUCUUCUGAAAUCGGAUCACACAAACAAAUUGAAGAGGGUGUCGGAGUUUCACGCACGCCGGUCUUGCGAAUAUCCACGGCUUAUUUUAGGUUUUAAAAACUUUAUUUAGCAUGCUUCUGUUCACCAAACUCGCGUCUCUCUCCGCUGCUUCGUAGCCCUGCGGGGCGCUGGCUUUGGCGCACGCCGACUCUCCAUAGCGGUGAUAUGUGAUAUCGACAGCAUGCCGUACGUGGACCGGUUGAACCGUGUGUGCGGCUUCCUGGACAUCGAAGAGAAGGAGAACAGCUGCCGCUUCCAGAGACGAUACUUCAUCCUUGACACGCAGGGAAAUGCACUGCUGUGGUAUAUGGACAACCCUCAGAACCUGCCCAGUGGAGCCAGCUCUGUUGGCAGCCUGAAAUUAACCUACAUCUCUAAGGUGAGUGAAGCUACAACGAAGCAAAAGCCCAAGACAGAGUUCUGCUUUGUCAUCAAUGCACUUUCGCGACGGUACUUCCUGCAAGCCAAUGAUGUGACCGACAUGAGAGACUGGGUGGCUGCUCUCAACAAGGCCAGCAAGAUAACAGUGCCUAAGUCUUGCCCUGCACCUGUGAGGCCUGAUGUGACCACAGUGAUCAGUGAUGCUCAAGGAGGGAAGAGACAACAGGCCUACAAGGCUGAGAUUAUUGGUGGCGUGGUGGUGCACACUCCUAUUCAGAACGACAAUGAAGAGACGGAAGGGAGAGAGAGGAAGGGCAACAGGCCGGGUUUGCUGAGAUGUGGUUACUGUGUUAAACAGGGAAAUGUGAGGAAGAGCUGGAAGAGGCGGUUUUUCACCCUGGAUGACAACGCAGUCAAUUACUACAAGACUGAGUCGGAGAAAGAUUUUAUCCGAUCUAUUCCACUGAGGGACAUUCAGAAGGUGCAUGAAUGCCUCGUCAAGUCGGGGGAGCUCCUGCUUAGAGACAACCUCUUUGAGAUCAUCACCAGUAACCGAACGUUCUACAUUCAGACAGACUCGCCAGAGGAAAUGCAUGGUUGGAUCAGGGACAUUCAGAUGAAGAUCCAGGAUUUCAGGGGUCCCUCUAAGGGUUUUUCUUUUAAACGUGCUUCUUCGUGCUAUCGGAGUUACAAUCCUUCCUCUACAUCUCGUGGUUCGCAGAGUGAAGCAGAUAGGAGACCUCAGCUGGUGAAGUCCUGCUCUGUGGCGCCAGGAUGGCAGCCCUGGACACCCGUUCCAUCGUGUGAACCGUCUAUCAUGGAUAACGAGGAUGAGGACAGCGCCUUCAGCUCUGUGCCGCUCUCCUCUUCGUCCACCUCCUCAUCUGCUUCCUCCUCCUCAAACUCCCUCUCUACCCAAAAUCCUUGCCCCGUCACACAUCCGGCACCUUCGGCCAGUGGACUGGGGAUGCUCACAGCAUCCGCAGAUGCGGCGAGUGGGCGUCGAAGGCACCGCUCGCAGCCUCAGCCUCAAACCGGCUGCAGCUUUCCCUUCAGCCUGGAUGACGACAGCAUCCGCACCACAGAUGUGUAAUCCAGAGAUGUUUGAGGAGACUCCUGCGUGGGCUGUGCUGACACCUGUUUUUAAAUGAAUGUGACUCCUAUUGAAGGGCCACUGUGACCAUCUGCCUCAAUGCCAGGCCAUGAGCUUGGUGCCCCCUACUGGUGAAGUAGCACUUAUACAGAUGAAGGAUGCACCCUGCUGCAGGAAGGCUAAGAGGCAUAGUGUUUGUUGUACACAGGACUGUGAACAGAUAAAACGGAGUGUUUUCUUUUUCCUUUUUUUGUAAGUGUAACUUCCUCUGAAAACUUGAAUGAUUUUGUUGAUUAUUGCCGACAGUAAAAUGAUGGCACACGCUUUUCACUCUGUUUCUUUGCUCCUAUCAGCAGGACCCCAUUAUCACCCCAGUUACAAGUGUUCACAUUCACAAUAUAUUUUUAUGUCCAAGCUUGUUUUUGUGUUUAAAUGUAUCAG